CUCCUCCUCUUCCUGUGUCUGAGCAUCACCACAGUGGUUCACCAGAACGAACAGGUCGACAAUGAGGUUCCAGUGUCAGUGAGCAGAGUCCCAACAUGAUUGUUCUGCAGAGGAAGCUGUGACUGGAUGAAGAUGAGCAGCAGCAGCAGCAAGAGAGAGAGGGAGCAGAAGAGGAAGCUGCAGCACUUCCUGGGCGACCUGGCUCUGCUCGGAUCUUUACAGGGUUUUAAAUAUUUCCAGCCGUGGCUCAGAGGGAAGGAGGAGCUGCUGCUGACAGUCGUCAACGAGGACCUGGGUUGGCGCUCCCCGGGCUUCGCGGUGUCCCGGGCCUCCUCCUUCUCCUCCAGCAGCGGGAGCAGCAGCAGUAGCGAGGCCUCCCCCAGCAGCAGCUCCCCGAGCCUGGGCAGCCGCAGCAGCUCCCCCCUCCCUGGAGAAGCUCCGGCUCCACGAGGCCGUCCGUCUGAGACACACACGGAGACGCAGCCCCGGAGCGCCAGGGCCCCCACCAGUGAGGACCACCUCCUUCCUGCAUCUCCCAGUGAGAGAGAGAUAGCCGUCCCAGAGGUGAACUGCACUCUCUUCUUACUGGCCGGCUACGUCAAGUACGGACGCCCCUACGCCUGGAUUCGCUCCAAUCACGAGCGCCUGGUCAACAUCGGAGGCACCGACUCCAUGGUCAGGGACACGCCCAUGAAACUGAAGUCCAUCGCAGACUGGCAGACGCGAGUUAUCCGAGUGUGGGACAUCGUCAGCGAGCUGGUGUGUCUGUGCACGGUCCCCUCGCCCUUGAACCCCUUCGCCCUGGACAUGCGUUACAUCCAAAGUCUUCCCCUCCCUGACCGGUUCCUGGUCACGGGGGCCCUCCUAAACUUCCUGGAGACCUAUGUGGUGUUUGGCAACCAGGACGAGCUGCACUAUGACAAAGUGGUAGAGGAGGUGAAGCCUCUGAGGCGCCUCCACGUCCAGUCCCUGCUGGAGCUGCAGCGGCAUAGGGAGGCGUCCAGGUUGAUGGCCGAGGACUCGUGUGGAGAGGAGUGAACAGAACUCCUUCACAUAUUAACCGCAGCAAGGAGAGAUGUUCUCAGUGCACUUUUAAUAAGUCAUGGAGGGAAAAACAGACUGAUAAUAGGUUGGAAUGUGCAACAUUUAACCAGAGGAACAGUCUGUAGCUCCCUUCUGUUUCAUUUUAAUAAUCUCUCCCUUGUUUUCCUAUUGCAAACACAUUGCACAAGGUUGUCCUGCCCAGUCGGAGCUGUAUCUGCAGCUUUACUCUAGUUGGAAGGUUGUCACAUGUUAUCAGAUGUUUUGGAAAGUGGAGAGAAAUGCUGGGGAAACAGUCACAUGACUAAGAUUAAAAAUCCCAGGACCUCUCGCCACCUCCAGUCCCUUCAAUCUCGAUCUCUGACUCCCACACAGGAAUUCUGUUUUCCUCAGGCCAAGCACAACAUUUAAAAAAACGUCCAAACGUGGAAAAACAGACGAUCAUUUGUCAGGGUCAAAGCUGCACAAGUUAAAUAUUUAACUGGUCGGAGCAGCCUGAGACCAACACAACGAGACGCACACGAGAUGUCGUA